CCCGUACCCACCCGUCUACCCGCCGACUACUUACCCUGAUCGCGUUCCCCUCACCAUCAUCGACACUUCGUCUAACCCUGAGCACAAGAUCAAGACGAUCGCGGAGUGCCAGAACGCUGACGUCAUCGUGCUAACCUACGCCUGCGAUAGGCCGUUGACGCUCGAUCGCCUGAGCACUUACUGGCUACCUGAGCUACGAAAGCUCGAGAUCAAAGUGCCGGUGAUCGUGGUGGGAUGCAAGCUGGACUUGAGGGACGAGCAGCAGAUGAGCUUGGAGCAGGUGAUGUCCCCGAUCAUGCAGCAAUUUCGGGAGAUUGAGACAUGCAUCGAAUGCUCUGCCCUCAGGCAGAUUCAGGUUCCUGAAGUUUUUUACUAUGCUCAGAAGGCAGUGCUUCAUCCAACCGCCCCAUUGUUUGAUCAAGAAACACAGUCAUUGAAGCCUCGAUGUGUAAGAGCUUUGAAAAGGAUAUUCAUUCUCUGCGAUACUGACAAGGAUGGAGCACUGAGUGAUUCAGAGUUAAAUGAGUUUCAGGUUAGAUGCUUCAGUGCACCUCUCCAGCCUACUGAAAUUGUGGGAGUUAAGAAGGUUGUGCAAGAGAAGAUGCCUGAGGGGGUCAAUGAACGGGGCCUUACUUUGACUGGAUUUCUUUUUCUUCAUGCCCUGUUCAUUGAGAAAGGUCGUCUUGAAACAACAUGGACAGUCUUGAGAAAAUUUGGAUAUGACAACGAUAUUAAGCUUAGGAAUGAUCUCCUCCCGUCAUCCACAUUUAAGCGAGCUCCUGACCAGAGUGUCGAGUUAACAAAUGAAGCCGUGGAGUUCUUGAGAGAAAUUUUCCAUAUGUUUGACAUUGACAAAGAUGGGGCUUUGCGACCGGCUGAACUAGAUGAUCUUUUUUCAACUGCACCAGAAAGCCCUUGGUCUGAUUACCCUUAUAAGGAUGCUGCAGAAAAGAAUGUUUUAGGGGGGUUAUCUCUAGAUGGAUUUCUGUCUGAGUGGGCACACAUGACACUUCUUGAUCCAGCUAGUAGUUUGGCCAACCUUAUAUAUAUUGGAUACAAUAGUGAUCCUUCAUCAGCAUUUCACAUAACAAGAAGAAGGCGUUUAGAUCGUAAGAGACAGCAAUCACAAAGAAAUGUUUUCCAGUGUUUUGUCUUUGGGCCUAGAAAUGCAGGGAAGUCCGCGCUGUUAAAUUCAUUGAUUGGAAGGGCAUUUUCUGAUAGAUACACUCCCACAAUUGGCGAACGUUUUGCAGCUAAUGUUGUUGAGCUUCCUGGAGGUAUUAAGAAGACUCUUGUGAUGAGAGAGGUGCCAGAAGAUUCUGUGCAAACACUUUUGUCCAACAAGGACUCCUUGGCCGCUUGUGAUAUUGCAGUCUUUGUUCAUGACAGCUCUGUUGAAAAUUCAUGGAAGAAAGCAACCGAGUUGCUUGUGCAAGUGGCUUCUCAUGGGGAAAAUAGUGGCUAUGAAGUGCCUUGCCUUAUUGUUUCUGCAAAAGAUGAUCUUGAUCCAUAUCCUUUGGCCGUACAAGAUUCUACAAGGGUUAGCCAGGAUAUGGGAAUAGAAACUCCUAUUCCUGUCAGCAUGAAGUUAAGAGAUCACAACAAUUUGUUCCGUAGAAUUAUUACUGCUGCACAACAUCCCCAUCUUAGCAUCCCUGAAACAGAAGCUGGGAGAAACCGCAAGCAAUAUCGUAGACUUGUUAAUCGUUCUCUUAUGUUUGUUUCAGUUGGAGCUGCAGUUGCGGUGGUGGGAUUGGCUGCAUACAGGGUUUAUGCAUCAAGGAAAAAUACUUCCAGUUGACCGUUCUUUGAUUUUCGAGGUAGCGGCUUGAUGCGUGAACGGGGCAUGUGAGAUAGGGAGUAACUCGAGUUGAUAUAGUUGUUGGACUUGACUUUGAGCAUUAUGCAGUGCGUUUGUAUUUGACAUAUUUGACAUAUACCUGGCUUAAAUUGUGGAAUUAGUUGGAUUUCAGAAAUUUUGCCAUUUUGUAGUUUUAGUUUGUUAACGGUUUCUUUAAGGCUUUUAGGGCUCGUUUGGAUGAUUGGAUGUAUUAUAAGGGGGUGUUUGGUUGCAUUGUUUUU